AUGUGGCUAAGAAACCAGUCAAUUCCUGCUGGUGUGGAUUCGGGUUUAUGGAAAAAAAUUUGGAAACUGAGAGUGCAACCGAAGGUCCUUCACUUCGGGUGCAGAGCUAUGUCUGGUAUACUUGCUACUAAGGUCGAACUUAACACCAAACAUGUCUAUGUUAACAGCUUAUGUAGUUUCUGCAACAUGGUCGAAGAGUCUACAAUGCAUGUUUUGGUGAGUUGUAACUUUGCUAAGUCUUGCUGGAUUAGAUCUUCUCUCAACAUCACUUCUUUCUCUCAGCAUUACUUCUAUAAUUGGUUCCAAGAUUUAAUGAGUAGUAACUCAGGCGAACAACUUGAGGAAGCUCUUAUGGUUGCCUGGGCCAUUUGGAAUGCAAGAAACAAUUUGCUAUGGAAUCAAAAAUCUACUACAACAGUUGAGGUAAUUCUUUCUGCAAGAACUCAUCUUUACCAAUGGCAGUGUGCUCAACAAUCUAAAUUGGAGCCUCCUUUAUCUCAUUUGAGAUUGGGAAGGAGAUAG